GAGGAAAGACAGUCAGCAAAGCCUGGGAGGGCUCCAGCUCCUCCCUCCCUGCUCUGCUCAAUUUCACUCUCUUUCUCGGUGCCCUCGGAGCGCCUGGUGCCCUGGCAGUGCCAUCCAAGCCCUGGCGCCCCGAGGUCCUCCCGUGGUGAGGACUUGAGUGGACAGCAGGAGGGGGUGGAGAGAAGAAGGUAGAGUUUGCCCUGCAGGCUGUCUGGAUGCAGAAGCUGGACUUGCUGCAGAGGCAGCUGUGCUCUUCCCAAAGCCUGGCUUUGGGGGCGCAUCCCUGUUGGGGUCCAUCUAGGCAAGCUCCAGGAAGUGCCAGCGACACGCACGCUGGGUGCCAAGACUUCCAGGUGCUGACAACAGAGCCUGCCUACUCCCUGUCACCAUGAGCGGCUGCUCCAAAAGAUGCAAGCUCGGGUUUGUGAAAUUUGCCCAGACCAUCUUCAAGCUCAUCACUGGGACCCUCAGCAAAGAUAAAAUUGAAGAUGAGCUGGAGAUGACAAUGGUUUGCCAUCGGCCUGAGGGACUGGAGCAACUGGAGGCCCAGACCAACUUUACCAAGAAGGAGCUGCAGGUCCUUUAUCGAGGCUUCAAAAAUGAGUGCCCCAGCGGUGUGGUCAAUGAAGAAACCUUCAAACAGAUCUAUGCUCAGUUCUUCCCCCACGGAGAUGCCAGCACCUACGCCCAUUACCUCUUCAAUGCCUUCGACACCACCCAGACAGGCUCUGUGAAAUUCGAGGACUUUGUCACUGCUCUGUCGAUUCUUCUGAGAGGAACUGUCCAUGAAAAACUCAGGUGGACAUUUAAUUUGUAUGACAUCAACAAAGACGGAUACAUUAACAAAGAGGAGAUGAUAGACAUCGUGAAAGCCAUCUAUGACAUGAUGGGGAAGUACACCUACCCCGUGCUCAAAGAGGACACUCCGAGGCAGCACGUGGACGUCUUCUUCCAGAAAAUGGACAAGAAUAAAGAUGGCAUCGUGACUUUGGAUGAAUUCCUUGAAUCCUGCCAGGAGGAUGACAACAUCAUGAGGUCUCUCCAGCUGUUCCAAAACGUCAUGUAACUGGGAACCCAGCUAGCCAGCUCCCGGGGACACUGUACUGAACAGCCACCUGAACAACCUGACCACCCCUUUCUCCCGAUUUAUACACCAACUCUUGGGACAGAAGCCCCUUUUACACUUUGGAAGAAUUCUCCACUGAAGACGUUCUCUGGAACCCAGCGCCAUGUGGCCCUGUCUCUGCCAACUCCCCCUCCUGCCAAGAAAGGCGAGAGGAAAUCCCAGUUUGUUCCAGAAGCAUGCCCAUCUCUUCACACUGCUGCUCCAUGGAAAGUCUCCCCCUGCCUGAGCUUGAGCAUAGCACACAGGUUUCUGCUCACGGACUCCCACCUCACCUCCGAGUCAAACCAACUUCGACGAAUCUGGAAGCAAGACGACCUUAGCCGAGUGUACACCAUCGUCUGCUGGCCUCCCAGACCAACGUGCCUGUUUCUCUUUCUGUGGUGGGAAGAAAGAACACUUCACACAACAAUGAGAAUCCGCUCUGACUACAUUGGGAGAGCCAGCCCCUAACACAUAUAGGAUGGGACUGAGUUCUAAACAUGGCAUGGUCUGAAGACCCAAACGGCCCAGCAUCCUUUGUUUCCAGGGGCAAGGACUAAUAACUCUCUUGUAUUAGCAUCUGUGCUGGUAGACUGAGUCCCUUUCAUCGGCCCUGGAAGGGAGUCAUUACGCAGUGGCUCACACAUACCUCUGCUCCAUCCCCUGCUCGAGCCCAGCACUGCAUGUCCCUCCCAGAAAGUCCAGAAUGCCUGCAAAUUGCUGUAAUUUUAUACCAUGUUCUAAUCAAUAAAUGAAACUGUUUCUUA